AUGUCCAACUUCGACUUGUCUUUGCUUGACCCGCCUUGCUCGCCUUCGCCUGAGGCUGAGGCACCUGUCGAGGCUGCGCUGGUUGUCAAGGAGCCGGCUCAGGAAAUUCCUGAGGCUGCACCUGUUGUUGAGUCCACUGGCGACCGUGUCCUCCACAUUUGGAACACGCUCCUUCCAUCAGUGGGUGUGUUGUUGGGCUCACAUCCAAAGCUCCUCCAAGAGCAUCUGGAGGAUAUUGAGUCGUGGCUCCACGAGUGGGUGCACUUUGAGGCUAAUGUGCACAUCUGCAUGCGCGAUGCGCUGGAAGCCGAGGUGCUCCUUCCGAUCGGUGAUGAGGAGAAGGAGAUACUGCAGGAUUUUAAUGAGUGGGUCGGAGUGGCGAGGAAAACAGUGAGCGGGUGGAAGGAGGUGGCAGAGAAGAUCAUGGCAGAGGCGUGUGUGGCUCAUGCAGCAAAGGAGAAGGGGAAGGGAAAGGAGAGAAAGGAGAACCCAGACAUGGGCAAACUUAAGGCUGGCACAUCUACCAAGUGCAAGGCCUCCGAAACUGCGGUGGCGCCAUGCAAAGUGCCUUGCGUGGCUAAAGAGCACAUUCCAAUGGUCAAGCCAACCACAGCCGAUGAUGCCAAUGACUCUGGCGAGUCUGAGGUGGAGGUCCAGGAAGUGCCGAAGAAGGUGCACCCUGUGCCCAGGCUGGUGAAGCCUUUGCCCAUGUGCACUGCUGCAGGGCCUUCAAGGGUUCGCGCUGAUGAUUUGGACAAUGAGCGCCUUCGUGCCGACAACAAACAUCUGCGGGAGGAGGCACGCAAGCAGCAACAAGAGCUCAUCGCAAUGAGCAACCAGCUUUACUUGUUUUCGGAUGAAUGGAGGAUGAUGGGGCAAGAGAUGGAUGACUUCAUUGUGGGGCAGGAGCGGGCGUAG